GCGAGCAUUGACCGGCGCUGGCUAUCAUUUGCACUGCACGGUUUUGCAAUAAUCUGAGCUCGUGGGAUGCGUUCUAUUUUUACAAGAAUCUCAUUCUGGGUUCAAUGAAGUUAAUAUUGGAAUUUCGUAAUGAGGUGGCUUCUGCCGUGGAUUCUAAUAGUAGCCAGCACUCAUCAGGUUUUCCCCCUACAUUCCACGGCCAUGCCUCCCUUGACAACGACCAUAGAGCUGUAUAACCGUACUGCAUUCUGCAAAUGGCCCUGCAAGUGUGCCAAGAGCGCCCCCCUGUGUCCACCAGGGGUCAGUGUGCUGAUGGACGGCUGUGACUGCUGUAAGGCCUGUUCCAAGCAGGUGGGGGAGACCUGCAACGAGGCCGAUGUCUGUGACUACCAUAAGGGCCUGUACUGCGACUACAGCGCGGACAAGCCGAGGUACGAAAAAGGAGUGUGUGCCUACAUGGUGGGCACAGGCUGUGAGUACGACGGAGUGAUCUACCGGAACGGCCAGAGCUUCCAACCCAGCUGUAAGUACCGCUGUCUGUGUGUAAACGGGGCCAUCGGCUGUGUACCGCUAUGCACGGACUCCCAGCCACCCCGGGUGUGGUGCCAGACGCCCAAGCGGGUCAAACUGCCGGGCCGAUGCUGUGAGCAGUGGAUCUGUGACGAGCCCAGGAAGCCCCGCAAGGCAGCCCCCAGUCAUGCGGAGAUAGUGCGCGCCAGCCACAAUGAGGUCUGGCAUAAGAACUGCAUUACCCAGACCACCUCCUGGUCCCCGUGUUCCAAGACCUGUGGACGUGGCCUGUCCCUGAGGAUCUCCAACGCCAACGACCAGUGUGAGUUGAUCAAGGAGUCCCGCCUCUGCAACAUCCGGCCCUGUGACGUCGACAUCACCAAGCACAUCAAGCCAGGGAAGAAGUGUCUGAACAUUUACAGGGAGGAGCAUAGCCAGAAUUUCACAAUCUCAGGCUGCACCAGCAAGAAGCCCUACCGGCCAAAAUACUGUGGCGUCUGCAUGGCCACAGACGAUCGCUGCUGCAUCCCUUACAAGUCCAAGACUAUCGAGGUGGACUUUAAGUGUCCCAACGGAGCCACGCUGACAUGGCAGGUGAUGUGGAUCAACGCCUGCUUCUGUAACCUCAGCUGCAGGAACCCCAACGACAUCUUCUCUGACCUGGAGCACUACUACGACCACAAUGAGGUCAUCAACUGACAACUGAGCAGCCUUGUCCGAGCCUGAACGUACGGCCCCGUAGGGCAGGAGACCAUCUCCUGUUUAUGUAGCAUGAGGCAGUACAACCCCUGGACAAGACGCUAGUGUGUCGCAGGGCCUUACCCAAAUCCAUCUCCUUAAUGCUGAAGGCCAAGCAGAAAGGUGUCGGUCCCAUUUUUUUGAGUCUUCGGUAUGAUUCGACUGGGGAGAACUGAGCAGAGGACAGGUUCAUUUAAGUUACUAUUGUCUCCAGCUUUACAUUCCUUGGAAUAAAGGGAUUGAUGAUAUGUUGGUUAGUUGAAUUAGAUGUUCAAGUAACGGGCUGGAACAAAGCCUGCGACACCUUGGGUCCCCAGGACUAGGAUUGAAGAAAAUUCAAUUUGAACCCUGCCCAAACUCUUGAUUAUGAUCAAGCCCCUUAUGUGUAGAAUAUAUAUAUAUUUUUAUGCACAGGGUUUUGCAAUUAUUUAUUCUCCAUUCAAUGAAAGGAAAAAGGUGUUGUUUUCCGAUUUUCUUUCAAAAUGAGCGUGAAAGCAUGUUUUUCAUAUUGGGGAAAAAACAUCCAAAUAUACACUGAGUGUACAAAACAUUAAGAACACAUUCCUAAUAUUGAGUUGCACCCCC